UGGCCCAAGCAGGAAGUAGGAUUAUGUGGACAUUUCUGUGUCUGGGAGCGAGAGCAGCUGCUUUCUAACAGUUCUUCUGGACCGGAGCCGCUUUAAAAUGGAGCUGUGAGGGGAACCAGGUGUGAUUCACUGUAACUGUGUUCAACCAGAGGGACAAUGAUGUCCGAAUGCGACCCGACAGAGACGGAGAGCAGCGGGCUGGACGCCGGGGAGGCAGCGGUGUCACUGCCGGAGUCCAACUUUCUCUCCUCGGACUCUCCUGGGGUUUUGUUUGACAGGAGCCGGGAGGGCUUGGGACUCGCGCUGAACCCCGGGGUCGCCGUUCGUAUGUCGGACUCGUGUGAAAGCGUCCUGACCGAGCUGGAGACGGACGGCUCCGGAGAAGAGGCGCUGCUGCUGCCGUGCUUAGCGGGAGGCUCGUCGUCUCCGCGGGGUGAGAGGGAGAAGCGCAGCAGGCGGAACAGGCACAGCUCCUCGUCGGAUAAAGACACCUUGGCCUCGCCAGGUACCGGCAACGGGGACUUCAACCAUUUCCCAGAAGAUCCAGAGUUUGCAGAUAUUGUCCAAAGGGCAGAACAAGCGAUCGAGAGUGGCGUCUUCCCAGAGAGAAUUUCACAGGGAUCCAGUGGGAGCUACUUUGUCAAAGACCCAAAAGGGAAAAUCAUUGGUGUUUUCAAACCAAAGUCAGAGGAACCUUACGGUCACCUGAACCCCAAAUGGACCAAAUAUUUUCACAAGCUGUGCUGUCCAUGUUGUUUUGGACGAGGCUGCUUGUUACCUAACCAGGGUUACCUCUCAGAAGCUGCCGCCUCACUUGUUGAUACCAAGCUCGGCCUGGGAGUGGUGCCAAAAACCAAGGUGGUAUACCUGGCUAGCGAGACAUUCCAUUACAGCGCCAUCGACAGGGCGAAGUCCAGGGGGAAGAAGUACGCCUUAGAGAUGGUCCCUAAGGUGGGGCGACACUUCCACAGAGUGGGACUGCCACCCAAGGUGGGCUCCUUUCAGCUGUUUGUGGAGGGUUACCGUGGAGCAGACCACUGGGUGCGGCGCUUUGAUGCAGAGCCGCUGCCGGAGAACAUCAGGAAGCAGCUGCAGUCACAGUUUGAGCGGCUGGUGGUUUUGGACUACGUCAUCAGGAACACAGAUCGAGGGGACGAAAACUGGUUGAUCAAGUAUGAGAAGUCUGGAGAAGGACAAAAGGAUGCAGAGUUGCCAGAGACAGAGAGCUGUCCAGAUUCUUGCAUCAAGAUCGCAGCGAUUGACAACGGCCUGGCCUUCCCCUUUAAGCACCCAGACCAAUGGCGAGCCUACCCAUUUCAGUGGGCGCUCCUCCCCCAGGCGAGGGUUGCCUUCUCUCAGGAGACCAGAGAACUGGUGCUGUCCCGCCUCUCUGAUAUGAACUUUGUCCAGGACCUCUGUGAGGACCUCUAUGAGAUGUUCAUGACGGAUAAAGGCUUUGACAAACCCAUGUUUGAGAGACAGAUGUCUGUGAUGAGGGGACAGGUGUUGAACCUGACUCAGGCACUGAAGGACGGGAAGAGUCCCAGCCAGCUGGUGAAGAUGCCGCCCGUGGUGGUGGAGCGCAGACAUUCAAGUGGCCAGGGGCGUAUUGCAACACUGGGCAGCGCCUUCACGCAAACCUUCCACUGCAAGCGGCCAUUUUUCUCCUCUUGGUAGUCAGAAAGGGAUGAGGAGGUGAGGAUAACAAUGUUUUUGUGACAAAGGAUGAAAUGAGGGAGAAGAUGACGACAUCACACUGGAAAGGAAGGACAGUGACGUAUAAUGAGAGGAUGACCUGACGAUAGAAUGAAUGAAAGAUGAAGUGUUUUGUGAAGAAAUUGGGCUCGGGCCCAUUCCAUCCUGUGAAGAGAGCACAGAAAAUCAUUGGAGCUGGAGUGAUUGGCAUCCCAGUGUCUCUGAGAGACCUUGGGGCUCUUUGUGGUUACCAUGGUAACCUGAUUGGAUAAUCGGCUUUUCCACAAAGGUGGGCUUUGUUUAUUGUUAAAUGGCAGAGAGAAAGGAUUUCUUUAACCCACCCAAAGUACUGAAGACUCUUGCAAGAUCUCUCAGUGGGUCUAAUGGCCAAAGAACAAGCACUUACAAACCACUAACUAACACAUCAGUGGUCUGCUAGUGUUUGGGAAUUUAAAGGGUCCUCUCCACACAGCUAUUUUUUCUUUAGGAUGAUGUUGUUCUUUGUCCAGGAUACAAAGUCCAAAUUUGCUUUUGCCUUGUAGGAUUAUGUAUUGAUCCAUAGACGUACAAUUACACUGCUCAAAGUGUUUGACUAAGUUCCACACAGCCGGUUGAACCGCCCUUUACUCAGUGUUUGUUUUCAAAAACCACAUCCGUUACAUACACAAACCCAGUGUCUUCAACUCUCACUUCUGCCAAACUCUGUUUCAAUGGAAGGAGCGAUGAAAAGCCUCAAUAAGAGAACACUUUCAAAACUUGAAAAUCAAAUGUGGAGGAGGAGGAAUGAACACGUUGCUUGAAUGUAAUCUUUUUACGGUUUCUACACAGAUUCUUGCUCCUGAACAUUUCAACACGAAUGAAUGCUGUCAAAAGAAUUGAUUUUUCUGGUAAUGAUGAAUGUAUUUGUUGUUUGACAUGUAUUUAAUUGCUGAAAAGCAGCUUUUUCUUGAACCUUGGGGGGGGGCGGGCGGGCAGCACCCUGCCGCCCCACUUUAUUACACAUGAUAUGAAGAGGGAAAAAAAUCAAAACAGUGGACGAUAUUUCACACUUGCUUGAUGCCGUUGUGUUUUCUUAUGUAUGCAUCUUGACAUUUUUAUUCCAACUCUAUGAUUGUAUGAGAACAGCUGUAUAUUUAACAGAUGAAAAAUAAAGUUUUGGAAAUUUGAA